AUGGAUAUCGAGCAAUUCCGCAAAGCUGGCUAUCAGGCAAUCGAUCGGAUUUGCGACUAUCACUAUUCAUUGCGGAACAAACCGGUAGUAGCUAAUGUCCAGCCUGGUUAUCUCAAACCUCUAGUGCCCUCGGCUCCCCCCGAAACUGGGGAAGAUUUCCAGACCAUUGCUGACGAUUAUCAAAGGCUUAUCGUACCUGGUCUCACGCAUUGGCAGCAUCCUUCUUUUUUUGCAUAUUUUCCAACGGCAUGCACAUUUGAAAGUAUUCUCGGCGACCUUUAUUCAUCCAGCGUCAGUAAUCCUGGCUUCAAUUGGGCUUCCAGCCCCGCAUGCAGUGAAUUAGAGGUCAUCGUCAUGGAUUGGGCAGCAAAGCUUCUUGGCCUUGCUCCUAGUUUCAUGAAUGAAUCCGGAAUCGGCGGUGGAGCGAUCCAAUCGUCUGCGUCGGACUCAGCUAUGAUUGCUAUUGUGGCCGCGCGCGCGUCUUACCAACGAGAGUACCCUGAUACAAAGCUUGAGGAACUCGUUAUCUAUACAACGUCGCAGACCCACUCGCUUGGUGUCAAAGCCGGAAUGGUUCUAGGAUUGUCUGUACACAUAUUAGAUGUCAAGUCCGAGGACAACUAUUCCUUGAGAGGUGACACUCUCAGGUCUGCCUUGGAAGAGGACGCAAAGGCUGGUAAAAAGCCCUUUGUUCUGAUUGCUACCGUAGGGACUACAUCUUCAGGCGCAAUCGAUAAUCUUCGUGAGAUUAGACAAGUUGCGAGGGAUCAUCCUUAUCUUCGUGUGCAUGUUGACGCUGCUUGGGCCGGUGUCGCAUUUAGCUGCCCUGAGUAUAGAGAGAUUGGCUAUCUAGACGAAAUCAACGAGUUCGCAGACUCUUUCUGUACCAAUUUCCACAAGUGGGGGCUCGUGAAUUUUGAUUCUUCCACGCUGUGGGUUAAGAAUCGGAAAUUCCUCACAGAAGCGUUAGACAUAACUCCGCCAUUUCUGAGAACGAAGCAGGGCGAUGCCGACACGACCAUCGAUUACCGAAACUGGCACUUGGGGCUUGGUCGGAGAUUCCGGUCCCUGAAGUUUUGGUUCGUCUUGCGCAGUUUCGGUGUCCAAGGUUUUCAACAGCACAUCCGAAAGUCAAUCGGCCUUAAUGAUCUCUUCGUCAGCUUAGUAAAACAAGUCGAUAUCAUCAGGAUUGUCACCCCGCCUUCUUUCGGUCUGACUGUCUUCCGGCUGGACCCUCCUUCUCAACAGCAACAGACGCUGGAGUCCUUAAAUAUCCUUAAUACGACAUUAUUCAGCCGUAUAUCCACUCGGGACGAUAUCUAUCUCACGCAGACACAUCUGAAUGGAGUGGUUUGCAUACGUUUCGCUGUCGGUGCUUUGCUAACGAGCGAGAGUGACAUACGGGGGGCUUUCGACACUAUUUUGAAGGAGGCUGCCUGGGCGAUUGAUACGUGGAAAGAGCAAUCCGAAAAGUCUGCAUCGUAA